AUGCGCUAUGUGGACGAUACCUUUGUCGUCCUACACCGAGAUGCGAAGGAGGCCUUUAGAGGAGAAUUAAACUCCAUCUUCUCACAAAUCCAAUUCACAAUGGAGGAAGAAAAGAACGGAACGCUCUCUUUCCUCGACGUGCGGGUAACGAGGCAGGAAGAUGGGACCCUCCAGACCGGUGUUUUCCGAAAAGCUACAAACACAGAGAAAAUACUCCACAACAACAGCAACCAUCCGCUGUCGCAUAAACGCAGUUGCGUCCGGACACUUUUCCGCCGCAUCAACACGCACUGCACCACAGAGGCCGAGAAGUUACAAGAGCGUGCGUCCCUGUGGCACCUCUUCCUUGUCAAUGGAUACCCACGUAGCUUCGUAAACAAAUGUCUGUUCCAAAGACACACAAAGACUGACGCUGAGGCGAACCAAAAACCUGAGGUACUCCGUGUCUUGCGCUACAUGAGGAACGUCUCUGAGGCCACUGAGCGUAUGCUAAGACCACUUAACGUGGGCGUUGGACACCGACCGGAAGCCACUAUCCACCGAUUAGUCAUGCAGCCAAAGGGUAGGCUGCUCCCUGAGGACAUGUCCGGUGUCAUUUACCGCGUCAACUGCCUAGACUGUCAGGCUAACUAUUGCGGCAUGACAAACAAACGACUUAAAACGCGCAUACAUGAGCACACCUUAGCCGUCAAGCGGAAAGAUGCGCGCUCACACGUCGCCAUGCACAGUCUGGAAAAUGACCACCGGUUUGACUUUGACGGCGCCCAAGUGCUCGGCCGAGCGGAAAACAGACUGGCGCGUGAAAUAAUCGAGGCCUGGCAAACAGACACCAACUCCAUCAACCGCUGCGUCGACCUACCGGCACCAUACGAGGCCGCCAAACACCACCUACGCACCAGGGGAGGCCCAAUGAGGAUAGAAAUUGACGGCCCUAUCAGGCGCGAGCGAGAGUUACCUAUUUAA